UACGUUUGUAAUGAAAAUAUGAAGAACAAUCUUCUAACGAAUAAGCGAACAAGUUCAAUAUUUUAGGUGCAAAAAUAACAAAAUAUUGGAGCUAAGUCUAACAAUUAUAUUUUGCAUUUACUUCAAUUCUUUAGUUAAACGCGAAAAAUUUGUUAUUUUGAAUUGGAAGGGAUAAUUUUCCUAUUCUAUUUAGCGUUGAAAGGAUAAAAUUUAAAUACCUAUUCGAACAAUUGGAAAUUGUAAAAUAUGGCAACUCGGGAAUAUAAACAAUCGCUCAGCUGUUGUGUAUUAUAAGUAGUUUUUUUCAUUUACCGUGAGAGGAUUCUGUAGGAAAUUCUAGUGAUUUGUUUACUGAAAAUUUAACAAUUCCGCUUAGCUUUUUAAAUUUAUAGAAAUACUUCAAGCAAGGAUUCAAAUACAAUGAACGAUGCAACUUUUAGCAAUUAUGAGAGCUUCUUUGGUACAACUGCUACCCAUCAGGUAAACGAUCUAAACACCCUCAUACAAACUAUGGACUAUGAAAUUCCAUCGUCACUGCAUUAUCUGAGUAAUAUAGCUAGCGUGGAAGUUAAUCACAUACCGACAACAAGUUCGAAUCAAGCACAACAAUCCAAUAUGUUUACCACAUUUCUUACACAUUCGAAUCGACAAGACCAGGAAAACCAUGUAGAAAAGCUUGCGAUUAAUUCAUCAGUUACAACAAAUUCAUCUGGAUCAGCGAAGAAUGUUUUUGGGAAUAUACCAUUUGUUCAAAUACACACAACAGAUAUGCAACCACAACGUACCAAUUUUGGUAAUGUCUUUCGGCGCAAUGUCAACAAACAAGAGGAAAUCAAAUCGGAACCCAUUAAAUCCGAAAAUACCGACUCCAUUACCAAAGAACGUGCUAACGCCACACCCACGCCGCCUACAAGAACAAAUUCUCAAGUACCGAAUGGGAGCAUAGCUACCGAAAUGAUCGAAUCGAUGACAACCGAGAGAAUAGAAAAAAAUAACGAUGACAAUCGCCGUAGCGAGCAGAAACCGCAAUUGUACAAAUGCAAUAAGUGUCCUUUUGUUAGCUUAAGAGAAUCUGAUCGAAAUGAGCACUUAGUACUCAGUCAUUCGGAUGUGAAUCAAACAAAAGUGCAACAAUCAAUCGAUUGUCUCGGUUGCUCAAAUAUAUUUUAUGCCCGAAAAGCAUUAGAAAUACAUUUGCAGUUGGAUCACAUGAUGUCAGAAACAGAUGUCACAAAGUUAAUGGAGAAUUCCCUAAGACCAAUAGCUAAGCACCUUUUAGAUUUAAAUUUAGAUAAUACUCAAUCUUCAAGUCAAAGUCUUAGAAGUCAGCAAGCGCCUCAUGAAACUCAAAGAAAAAGCCGAAUUUAUUUGAAAAAUGUCGAGUGCUUACGAGAACCAAACCGUCAACCGAUAGAACAAAAUCCUAUUUGCGAAAAUAACACGGAGAGGAUUGAUAAUCAAGUGACGAAAAAUGCAAACCCACCAAAGCAAAAAAUUUCUAUUAAAAGUGUGGAUGUAUUAAGAGAGCCUGCCCUAUUAAGACGGGACUACGAAAUGCAAAAUGGAUUUAAUAACUUUGCCACCACUAACAGCGACAAUCAAAUUGAUUUAAACGUAGCAUCUCAAUUCAAUUAUGAUCAGCCCACAGAACCUAUCGAAAAUGAUUGCAAAGCUGUUGGUGAGAGCAGUAAUGAGAAUUUAGACCACGUCGGCGGUGGUGAAGAGCCUAUGCAAAAAUCUAGAAAACCCAAAAUUUAUGUAAAAAGUGUAGAAAGCUUUAACCUAAUGCCGUCCUCAUCACUGCCGCCUAUAAGUACUUCGAAUUAUCUUAACGAAAAUCACACUUUAGCUGGAAAUAGUCAAAUCUAUGACUCAAAUUUAGUGCAUUUACCGUUUUUGUAUGAUAACAACAGUGUCAAUAACAAUCUAAAUAAUGGCAGCAAUAGUUUCUUAAAUAAUCAGAACGAUUCUGAUAACUUCCAGUUUUUAAAUAAUACAAGUCACAACGGCAAUAAAAAUAAUAACAAUAAUUACUUGCUGGAUAAUACAUUAUUUAGCUCAAACACUUUAGACUGUGCCUUAAAUACUGCGCCCGUGGAUAAUUUGCCGCUAAUCACCGAACCUACGCCACCACCAAAUAGUUCACAUGCAACUGAAUUGGAUUUUGAUCUGAAGAAGACAUCGUCAUAUUCCGGCUUAGUCCAAGAGCAGAGGGGUACAUUGCAUCUACGCACAGUUGAUGAGUUGAAUUUAAUGAAUAAAAAUGAAGUACAAAAUUUAAUUGCUCCAAAUUUAGAUAAUAAUCAUUCUAUCGGUUUUAUUGAUAAAAGCUCGUCAAUUAAUUUGGAUGCUAUCAACAUGUUGGGGGAUAACUUUUAUCCGGAUGAAAGUUUUAAAUUCCAUGACUUAGACACACAAAUGGUGAAUGAAUGGUCGGAUAACUAUGAGGAACUCGCCGAGGAUAUAAACUGUAUUAUAGCCGAGGCGCCCUGCAAUCUGGUAACAGACAAUUUGUCCCCCAAUACAAAAAAUACCCAAAAGGUUUCCAACGCAAAUAUUGAUAUUGAUACGCCUCAAGUUACGUUAAUAUCUAUAAGAGAUAUUGAAGAGUUAACUGGAGGAACAUUAAUACAAAACACUUCCAAUAUGGAAGAAUCAAGCGGCCAACAAGUUACAUUUACUGAUCAGUUGCCUAUUACUGAGGACACUGAGGUUCCGCCAGAGAAUGUUCAUGUUAACAAUGGCAAUUUUUCAUUGCAAAUAGAGAUACCACAACAAGUCGACAGAAAUGAUAGCAAUCUUAAACGAGAAUUAAACAAUUGUACUCCUGAUGAAGUUCCUGGAAAAACUAAAUCACCUGCUGAUGGGACAACCAAAUCAACUCUGAUUAAUUUAACCGCCACGCUACCGCCCUUAAGCGAUGUUCCACCUUUAGCACCUGUAUCAAAUACAGUUGUCAGAAUGGAUCCCAUACAAAGCCAUAGCAAAACUCAGAGGAGCAACACUUGCAAUGAUAUACGUUUACCACCUUUAGUACCAGUAUCGCCUUUGAUUAAAUUGAAUGCUACUGCAGGUCUGAACCCUUGCGGUAAUGCAAAUAAAGCACCUUCGGAAAAAGGUCGUAUUUAUGUUGCCAAUAAUUUAAUGGAACAACCAAAACAAUCGGUUGUGGUCGUAUCAACUACUUCCGGUACUUCCGUGCGCGGGAGGCCGUUUGGUUCGAAUCGUACAGGCAUCACAAAAUUGAGCCAAGAUAGCAUCCAAGCGGCUGAAUCAUUUCUAAAAUGCUCGCUUAAAGGUUGUGCAUUUCGUUUUAAAAAAUCAGAAACAUUGGACUACCACAGGAAAUGCCAUGAUGAAAAUUCCAAAAGUCCCCAAGCAGCUUUUUGUCCCGAAUGUAAGUCGCAUGACUUUAAUAACUGGAAUACAUUGCAUACCCAUCUUUGGCGUAAUCACAUGAUUGAUAUGGAAUUGUAUAGUUGUGAAUUAUGCAAUUUUAAAACUCCUGUCUACUCCCGUCUAAUUAAUACACAUGCCAAAAUUCAUUUUGAUGAUCGAAAUUAUAAGUGUGAUCAGUGCGAGAAGGCUUUCAAAAAUUCCAAACAAUUAAAAAAUCACAGAAGAUGGCAUCGUACACGUACUAAUAAUCGCGAUGCAAAUACGUUGAAGGAGCUGACAGCUAUGCAUCGUUGUGCGCAUUGUGGGGCGUUAUUUUCUCAAUUAAAAUCCCUUCGCGGACAUUUCUGCAAAAACAGAGAAACCUCCUUACAGUGUGAUAUGUGUCAAAAAUCUGUAAGCUCUAGGGCUUCAUUAAAAUUGCAUAUGUUAACGCAUUGCGAUUCAGAUAAGCGUUAUAAAUGUCAGACUUGUGAUUACUCAACAAACGAUCAUAACGCGUAUAGGCGACAUAAAAUGAGCCAUGAGCAAAAAAAAAUGUACCAAUGCCCUUAUUGCGAUUAUACAUCGGUUCAAAGUGUGCCGUAUCAGAAACAUAUGCAUCAAAGACAUCCUAAUCAGGUUGAUUCGGUGAUACAUAAAUGCUCUCAAUGUCUGUUUUCCACCGUUAAUCGGGCACUCUUGACUGUACAUCAAGCGAAACAUGAAGUGUCCAAUAGUCAACAUAAAAAUGAUGAUAAUUCCGUA